CUCUGCGGGAAACACUGAUGUGGCACCGCUCUUAGCUGAACAAGGAAACCAGAAUAGGGUUGCCAGUGUUUUAACGCCUCUGCUCUUGUGGCUUUAACAGCAGCCUCUUGGCGUGCAGAAAUUACACACAUGAAGAAUUUUCUGGCAUGGAGCUUAAGCGAUGGAAAAACAAUCUCACUUGCUUAAUUCCUUCACGUCGUAAUUGCUUCUCGCGUGUUUAAUUUCUGCUGAUAAGGGUAACGCAGCACGAUCGCUUUAAAGAUAAAAGGGGACACCUCCAAGCCAGCCCUGGACCUCUCCGGUGAGCUUUUGAUCAUGCUGUCUCUUUAAGAAGGAAGUGCAGCGACAACCGCAAAGUACGCAGCUGCCUGGGCAGAGCAGUCCUCCUCCCCUCGGCCCCAGCCAGAGAAGAGAUCAGCGCCGCAGCCCAGCCCAGCUACCUCUCCCACAAGCCCUGCAGGCUGUAGGAGAGCAUCGCGCCGAACAGCAUGGAAGACGAAACUGGCACAGGUUGCUGACGGAGCCAGCCAAGCAUCGCGGCAGGGCUGCACCCUCAUUCUCUCUCCCCUCCCCAAGGUAUCGCCCAGAAGAGAUUUGCUUCGGGGGCAUUUUCCUGCCCUCCCCUUUCCCACAGCUGAGCUGUCUCAGCUGAAGUGGCAAUUGACUUCACCACCAAGGCCGGCGGUUCCAUUGCUAUGUCCCUGCCAGGGAGCAGACGACCCUCGACAGGAUCCCGAAGGCGUCCCUCUCCACCCGUGAGCAUGCGGGACACCUACGGCACCUCCUCGCUCAGCAGCAGCAGCAACUCCGGCUCCUGCAAGGGCAGCGACAGCAGCCCCACCCCAAGGAGGCCGGUCAAGUACCUUCUGUGCAGUGAUAACCAUGGCAUCAAGCCCCCAACCCCUGAGCAGUACCUUACCCCUCUCCAGCAGAAGGAGGUCUGCAUACGCCACCUGAGGGCCAGGCUGAAAGACACGCAUGAGAGGCUCCAGGACCGGGAUGCAGAGAUAGACGACCUAAAGACACAGCUCUCAAGGAUGCAGGAGGAUUGGAUCGAGGAGGAAUGUCACCGGGUGGAGGCCCAGAUGGCCCUGAAGGAGGCCCGGAAGGAGAUCAAGCAACUGAAGCAGGUCAUUGACACAGUCAAGAACAACCUGAUGGAUAAAGACAAAGGGCUCCAAAAGUACUUUGUGGACAUCAAUAUUCAGAACAAGAAACUGGAGACGCUGCUCCACAGCAUGGAGAUUGCCCAGGACGGGACGGUCAAAGAGGAGGGGGCCGCAGAGUCUGCAGGCGACUCUCCGUCUCGCUCGCUCACCCGCAGCUCCACCUACACCAAGCUGAGCGACCAAGGAGCAGCUGACAGGAACGUGGGUGGCUCCCAGACCAUCUCGGUGGAGGAGGCGGCAGACAGCGGCUUUGCGGCUGCAGACGACUCCUUGAGCCGGACAGAUUUGUUGGAUCAGAGCAGCCUCUUGUCCUCUGGGGUGGACUGCAGCACGGACGAAGCCUCCUUGCAGACCAGCUCCUCUCUGGGGUCCCGAGUCCCAACCAGCUCCACGUACGAGAAACUGAUGGGGUCUCAGCACAGCGUUGAGGCUGCAGUGCAGGCCAGCUGCAUGCAGGAACAAGCCAUACAGACAGACUUCGUGCACUAUCAGCCGGAUCUCGAUACCAUCUUAGAGAAGGUGAUGAAAUCCCAAGCUUGCAGCCUGGGCAGCCCCACGUCUGUGUGGGUAUCUGAAAUGGAGGAUGUUGCCGGGCCAAACAGCUCAGAGAUUCGGGCUCAAAACGUCCCUGGGUCCAUGGACGUGGCAGCUGCCGAUCCCACCUCAGCUGUGGUGGUCAGUGCAGAGGAGGCCACGGAGCAUCUUGACCGGCCAGCGGGUUCACCAGGCCCAGCAACCAAUAGCCCAGCUGUGCACCAGCCUUCCCGCAUGAGCCAGUCUGUGAGUGUUGUAUGUGCCCCAGAAGAAGAAGUUGCUGCUGAGCCAGACCAAGAAGGCGCAGCGGCAGCGCUGGAGCCUCAAACUUACUGGAGCCGCCAUUUCAUUGUGGAUCUCCUGGCUGUGGUGGUGCCAGCCGUUCCUACGGUAGCCUGGCUCUGCCGCUCGCAGAGGCGGCAGGGCCAACCGAUCUACAACAUCAGUUCGCUCCUGCGGGGCUGCUGCACGGUUGCCUUGCACUCCAUCCGCAAGAUCAGCUGCCGCUCCGUAGCCAACACCAGCGGCCCCUGCUCCCAGCCGUGACUUCUUUCCCCAGCCAGCCAACUGAGUCGCACACACGCUUCAUCGGGAGAACAAGCUCGUGAAAACAACCGCAGUUUAGCUGACCGCUGAUUGUAAAUUCCAUUUGCGCACUGAAACUUUUUAUUUAUUUAUUUAGGUAUUUAUUUUGGGGGCACGGGGGAGGGACUUGACAAGAGUUCUGACCUGCUGUAUCUCGAUUUAUGCAAUUGACUUGGGAGAUGGUGUUGAUACUUGUUCUGAAACCUUGGAGGAAUUGCAAGUACAGCUGGGAGAGGGCGGCCAACCUCCCUGCUGAAGGACCCUCACCUCGUAGGUGCUGUAGCUUGUGGAAACGGUCCUGUCGCUUCACUCCAGGAAAGAUACAAGACUUUUCCUAAGCUGAUGGUUGAUCCAGCCUCUCUCCUUUCCCCGAUGGGCUGUUUCUGGCCACUUUCAAGUUACACUGGAAAAGCGUCCCUGCGGCCUUAGCUUACCUCUUUCUCUUCUGCUUUUUCCACGGCUGCCCUCUAAGCCAUCAGCCCUGAGUGUACCUAAUCCCCACUAGGCCACCGCCUGCAUCCCACGUUUGCUCACUACCCCUUACCUUGCAGGGACAGUCUGGCAGCAGUAACUA